GUCCAAUGAAUGAAAGGGGCGGGGGUCAGGGACAGUCAGGCUGGGGAGGAAAUGACAUCAGAGGAAGCCGCUUCAUUCCGGAGAAGAGCCAGUACACCUGUGCAAGACUGAAGGGGAGGAGCCGAUACACCUGUGCAAGAAUGAAGGGGAGGAGCCGGUAUAACUGUGCAAGACUGAAGGGGAGGAGCCGGUACACCUGUGCAAGACUGAAGGGGAGGAGCCAGUACACACUGUGCAAGACUGGAGGGGAGGAGCUGGUACACCUGUGCAAGACUGAAGGGGAGGAGCUGGUACACCUGUGCAAGACUGGAGGGGAGGAGGCGGUACACCUGUGCAAGACUGAAGGGGAGGAGUCGGUACACCUGUGCAAGACUGAAGGGGAGGAGUCGGUACACCUGUGGAAGACUGGGGGGGAGGAGCCGGUACACCUGUGCAAGACUGAAGGGGAAGAGCCGGUACACCUGUGCAAGACUGAAGGGGAGGAGCCGGUACACCUGUGCAAGACUGAAGGGGAAGAGUCGGUACACCUGUGCAAGACU